UGAAGCCCAAAAGGAGAUGCAGAAACCGACUGAGAGUUUGGAGGAAGAAAGGGAAAUUCUUAAGUACCUCAAGAAGUUAAAUGAAGCAAAUAAGGAGAUAGAAGAACGGGACAAAAUGCUAGCAGAACUGAAGGCAGAUAAGGAAAAGGAGGAGAUUGAAAUCAAGAACUUACGACAAGAGUUCAACAGAGUAAACAAGAAAAGGAUAGACUCGGAGGAGGGGGCAAAGAAGAAGAUAGGGGAACAGGAAAAAAUGAUUUCAAAGCUCCUGUGGGAAAACCAGCAGCUGAAACAAACCGAGAAUGAAUACAAGAAUUUGCAGGGCAUUUUUGAGACCUUGAAGGAGUCCAGGAAAGAGCUGAAGUCAAAAGUUGAACAUCUUGAGGCUGUUAUACAGACGAUGCAGGAGAGAGAAAAAGAGUGGGAAGUUGAGAUAGAUGCUUCCAAGGCUGAGGUACAGAGGGAGAAGGAGACAACAGAGAAAGCUGAACAGGGUGCAAAACAGCAACAGGACAAGCUCAAUGCUGAAGUUCAGAUAGAGAAGGAGAAGAGAAAGGAAGCACUGAAGAAUGCAGAGCAGCUGAGGGUAGAGCUGGAGGCUCUCAAGGCACAGAAGAACAGGGAGGUGCAAGCAGAUCAGGGUGGAGAACCAAAUCAGAGUUCGCCACCACAAGGGUAUGAGCCUGACAAGCUGUUCGUGGUGGGACUUUCCUGGGGCACCUCUGAAGCUUCUUUAUGUCAGGCUUUCAGCCGAUUUGGGACAGUCACAGAAUGCAAGGUCAUUCGGGACCAUUGGACAGGGAGAUCUCGGGGAUUUGGAUUCGUCAAGUUCAGUGCUCCUUCUGAAGCGGAUGUUGCUCGAAAAGAUAUGCACUUCCAGCAUCUGGAUGGACGGACGAUUCGCGUGGACUAUGCCAAGUAUAGGUUCGGUAGUGCUGCCAGUAAUGAGAGAUAUACAUGCAGAAACUACUCGGGUUUAGGCAGGAGUCACUACAAUAGUGGUAAGAGCAGCUACUAUAAUAGUGGUUAUGUUAGAGACAGCUACUAUGGUCAUCGUGGUGGUAACUAUCAUGACAAUUACCGAAGUUAUUAUAGUGACGAAUAUGAAAGCAAUCAUGGAGGGGGAGACUACUAGGGAGGUGAUCAGGAUACUUGCUAUGUAAAUAAAGAU